AUGAAACUUUGGAAUUAUAUAAUUUUAUUUUUAUUGGAAGAUGUUGGAUGGAGAAAGGUUCUUAUGGUCGAGUUUAAGAAAGAUUAUAUGGACAGAAUUUGGAAGUUCUUGCAGAUGGAAAAGCAAAAGGGAAUCAAAGUUUUACCUCCUGAGCAUCAAAUUUUCCAUGCCUUCAACCUCACUCCUUUGCAUCAAAUUCGAGUAGUAAUUAUUGGUCAAGAUCCUUAUCACGGUGAAAAUCAGGCGCAUGGGCUUUGCUUCUCAGUUUCUAAAGGUGUGAAACCUCCACCAUCUCUUGUAAACAUAUAUAAGGAACUUAAAGUGGAUAUUCCAAAAUUCAAAAUUCCCGAUCAUGGGUGUCUUGAAUCGUGGGCUCGUCAAGGUGUUUUUCUACUGAAUGCUACACUUACCGUCCAAGCCCACCGAGCAAAUUCACACAGCCAUAUCGGUUGGCAAAAAUUCACUGACGAAGUUAUUCGCAUCAUCUCUCGGGAUUGUGAUGGAGUUGUUUUUUUACUUUGGGGCGGGUUUGCUCAUAAGAAGGAGCACAUAAUUGAUAAAAAAAAGCACACUAUUAUCAAGACUGCGCACCCAUCUCCACUUAGUGCGUCCAUGUUCUUCGGAUGCAAGUGCUUUUCGAAAGCGAAUGAAGCUCUUAUCAAACGUGGACGACCAAUCAUCGACUGGUGUGCGUUUUGA